AUGAAGAUAAAGAUUAGAUUGUCUACCGAAGUUUCCUACUCUGUGACCAUUCCGGAUAAUUCAACGGUAGAAGACUUGAGGAGCUCAGCACAGGUAGCUUGCCCAAGUGGAUCACAACUUCCAGAAGAUUUCAAACUCAUUUACAACGGGGAGAAGUUAGCUUCUCACUAUAGGACGUUAGAGUCGUACAAUAUCGGACCAGAACAGGAUGCAACUGUUAUCUUAAUGAGUAAUGAUAGCAACGUCCUUAAUGAGCCAUCAGAUACCCCAGUGCCUUCUACGACGACUUCUAAAAAGGUGAAGAGUAAGAAGAACAGGUGCUCGUUCAAAUCUUGUAAUUCUGCUCCUUUAAGAAUGGUCGGUAGCUGUAGUCACUGUCAGGGGAAGUUCUGUGCAAAGCACAGAUUGUUAGAAGACCACCUCUGUCAGGGCUUGCAGUAUUGCAAGGAUAAUGCCCAUGAAAAGAAUGCAAUGAAAUUACAAAGUGAAAGAACCAUUACGAAUAAAGUAUGA